GAUAAUAGCUUACGGCGAUCAUCAACAAACCGAUACUAGCGCCACUUUCACGUCCUAUGCUAGCAAUAUCAUCAUCACCGGAAUCACCUUCAAAGUUUUUAUGAGAUGAAGGCAUUCAAGGGAUGGCGUCUAGGCAAAAUCAAUUAUAUGCAGUCUUUGCCUGGGGCUCGCCAUCGUGCUCCUACAAGGAAGCCAGUAUGGAUCAUCGCAGUGCUUUCACUGAUAGCAAUGUUUGUAAUUGGUGCUUACAUGUUCCCUCAUCACAGAAAAGCUGCUUGUUAUAUGUUUUCAUCUAAAGGGUGCAAGGGACUAACUGAUUGGCUUCCACCAUCACUGAGGGAAUAUUCGGAUGAAGAAGUUGCAGCUCGUGUAGUGAUUAAGGAAAUUUUGAGCUCCCCUCGUGUUAUAAAAAAGAGUUCUAAAAUUGCAUUUAUGUUCUUAACCCCAGGUACAUUGCCUUUUGAAAAGCUAUGGGACCUCUUUUUCCAGGGUCAUGAGGGGAGAUUCUCUGUUUAUAUUCAUGCAUCAAAGGAUACUCCGGUCCACACCAGUCGUUACUUUGUUAACCGUGAGAUUCGAAGUGACGAGGUGGUCUGGGGUAGAAUAUCAAUGAUUGACGCCGAACGACGUUUGUUGACCAAUGCUCUUAGAGAUCCUGAAAAUCAGCAAUUUGUUUUACUCUCUGAUAGUUGUGUGCCACUUCGAAAUUUUGAAUACAUGUACAACUAUAUGAUGCACAGCAAUGUCAGCUAUGUUGACUGCUUUCACGAUCCUGGUCCACAUGGAACGGGCAGACAUAUGGACCACAUGUUGCCGGAAAUUCCAAGGGAAGAUUUUCGAAAGGGUGCACAGUGGUUCUCCAUGACGCGUCAGCAUGCUGUAGUAACUGUGGCAGAUAAUCUUUACUACUCUAAAUUUCGGGACUACUGUGGGCCAGGUGUAGAGGGCAACAAGAACUGCAUCGCGGAUGAACACUAUCUGCCAACAUUUUUCUAUAUGCUUGAUCCUACUGGCAUUGCUAACUGGACUGUGACAUAUGUUGAUUGGUCUGAGAGAAAGUGGCAUCCAAGAAAAUACAUGCCUGAAGAUGUCACGCAAGAGUUAAUUAAGAACAUCACGUCCAUUGACGCAGUUUCACGCGUAACAAGUGAGAAAACGGGAGUAGUAUCAUGGACGCAUUGCAUGUGGAAUGGAAUCAAAAGACCUUGCUAUCUCUUUGGAAGGAAGUUUCAUGCUGAUACACUCGAUAAACUGAUCGAACUCUUCUCAAACUACACAAGCAUCGCAUAGGGCUUUCGAGCAAUUUUGAUUUAUUGAUGAAAUGCCAUGCAAAGGAGGUAUUCUUUUGACUCGGAUUCUUUGACCAACGUUCAGUUAUACCCAUGAGUCAAAUUAAAACUUGAUGCAUUAU